CUUUGUUGUUAGACGGUAGCAAGCGACUGUUAUCCUUCGAGCUAGCUAAUCUGGUCAGUUUUUAUAGGAGGGAAAUAUAAAAAUUGCUUGAAAUGAUUAGUGUUACGUUUUGACGUAACUGAAUCGUCCCGAAAGUGGGAUUUGUAGCAAAUUAAGUCGAACAAACUAGUCGCCAUCAAAGAGGAAGUUUGACAGAUCGAGGAGAGUACACAUGUCGUCUGCAGCAGAGACAGUGGAAAAUGCCUCCAUCAUUUCCGAGAGUGUGGCCCAUGACGGAAACCGCUUGUGGAUAGGCAACAUCGAUCCCAAAAUCACAGAGUAUCACCUGGUGAAGUUGUUGGAGAAGUUUGGCAAUGUGAAACAGUUUGACUUCCUGUUUCAUAAGUCCGGGCCUUUGGAAGGACAGCCACGGGGCUACUGCUUUGUCAACUUCAACACCAGAGAGGAGGCAGAGAGGGCGAUCCAGUGUUUAAAUGGGAAGCUAGCUUUGUCCAAGAAACUGGUUGUGCGCUGGGCACACGCACAGAGGUUUGAGGGGUUCCGUAAUGAGAAGACGAUGCCUCCGAGUCUGGAACCGUCAUGCAGCGGCACGACAGAGGAAGGACCCGUAACUACCAACCACCUCAGCACGAGCGCUAAGAUCCGCGCCAUCGAGGCCAAGCUCCAGAUGAUGGAGGAGAAUCCGGAUGAUGACUACUCAGGCCCGUCGGCCUACGUUUACAACAAACCGCCAGAGAGGAAACGCUGGGAGCCCUACUCUAAAUCUCACCACAAUAACCAGAGCAGGCCCUUCCGCAAGUUUAGGAGAUGACCCAUCCUCCCACUCACUCUGGAGAUCCCCCCCCACCACCACCACCCACAUACACACCUCAGCCCCCACCCACACACAAACAGACUCUACACUAGAUAUAAAGACUGUACACAUCCCAUCUGGGAAUAAAAGGUUUUGAAGUUGUUCGUAAUACUUUGAGAACCUGAACUCUUUUGGAAUAAUCACAGCAAUCACGGAGAAGUACCUAAAGUGGUUUUGAGUUAUUUUGGGUCACAGCGUCAGUUGUUAUUCAGUCUUAACAUAUGCCCCAUACCUGACUGCUGCUCAGGUUGGAUCCCUUAUCAGUCUGCUUUCUCACUUUUGCAGAGAUUUAAUGCAGGUGAAUCAUGACAGCUGGGAGUCACAUGACGCACAGCUGCUAGGAUAGAGAAAUGUUAUUAUUAAGGAGUCUAAAUGCUCAUCCUCUUAUUGUUUUGGAGGUGUGUUUUUUUUACUUUCAGAUCUCACAUUAUUUAAAGGUGAAAUACAAAUUUUGUGUCUUUAUUCAAGACUUGAGUGAAGAGGAGGAAAUACACAGAUUUGUAGCAGGUUUGUAUUAAUAGAGUUCAGAUGAUAAGCCACAAGCCACUCGACGACACGUACUGUAAGUUGCAGUAUUUUUCUGUGAUGUUCCUACUUUUCCUAAUAGUUUGCCUUUUUUUUUUUCUUCUUGUAUCCAAUUUUUAUACGACUGCAGUUAAACUCUUUUUACUGACUUUUUUUUUUGUGUGUGGAGUUUUGGUAUCCCCCUUUGCCACAGUCUCUUUUAUUUUAAUUUUUCAAUUAAAGGCAAUUCAAUAUCACAUCUGCAGCGUGCUGUUGUAGAUUCUCGACUACUACAAGAUUCAGUGUUAUGGUUUGUCACUCAGCGCUCAACAUUGAAAUACUCUGUCCACAUGUUUUUGCUGAUAUCAUGGUGUUGUUUUGUAAGACAUUUGGUAAACCAUCUGCAUCUCAACUGGAGAUUUAAAGGACUGCUCACUAAAACUAAUCCACCGUUAUUAUCUGAGUUCAAAAAAAGCAGUCCUGAAAUAUCUCAGAUUUUUUUUAAACCAGGGAGAUUACCACAAUUAAACCUAAUGUCACAAAUCUUUUCUGUAAUAUGAUAAUCCUGGUAUGUUUGGAGGCCCACUUUUCUUUUUUGACUCCCCAGACAGCUGGCUUUAUCCACUUUUGUGCAGUCUACCAAAACGUGCUGUAAAUCAGUUGAAUAUUUUGUAGACUUUUUUGCAUAUGGGUUUAUGUGCAAACUGUUUUAAAAUGUAAAGUUUGUUAUUGCUUUCUAUGUCUUGUCAGUGGAGCAAAAUAGUUGUUUUGUGUGACCUGAGUUGUGUUUUCCUGCAGGUGUGAUGUGAGGUUAUAAAACCCGUUCUCGAGGCAAAAAGACGCACAAUACGUUGGCGAAAUCAUAGUCUGAGUAUGUUUGCGUGAAGAGUGAGUUUACCAACCAAAGGUCCUUUGCAGAGCCAAUGUUUUUGAGAGUUUACGAAGAAUAUUUAACGCGCAUUUAGGCUAGACGAAGUGCAGCAGGGAUAGAGAUCGAUAGGCCAAUCGGACAGGAUGAAAGAAGGAGCAUCGUUUCGUGCGCACGGAAGAAAUCAAAUCCUACCUCUUGACAUACAUCACGCAGCCCUUUUUUUAAUGUCGCUCAACCGACUGCAGAACAUUUCUGAUAUCCAUGAAAUCAAAUUAACGACUUCUUUGAGAUGUGUGUAUUUAUCUGUUUUCAAUAAAACACCUAUUCGAUCAAAUAUUUUUUCGAUUGAUUAAAUUUAAAAAAAAAUAAUUUCACCUCUUUUUUUUCUUUUGAUCAUUUCUGAUCUAUACAUUUGCAGAUAAUCGUGAGAUCCUCGCCUGAUGGACGCGUCGGUUUAAAGCGGCUGGAUGUAUAUCCGGUCAUUAUCGGCCUUUGUGAGCCUUUUCUUUCAUCUGCAUCAGCUCCUCUACUGUUCGCAGAAAUAAUAAUAAUAAAGAAAAGGCUGCUCAUCCUUUUUCAUGAUUUUUUUUUUUUUUUUUGUUUCGGGUUAUAUAUCCUAAAACACUUGUGUCACAAUAAAAGAUUAAAAUACAACCCUAACCUUUUUUUUUAUAAUCCGUAAAUACUGUGUAGUUAUUUAAGUUUGCUUUUCUUCCAUGUAAAUCCCAAACAUGCAUUUGUUAACCAUCCGUUUAUUACGUCUUUUUCCUUAAUUUUACGCAACACAUGUAAUUUAAAAUACUUUUAAAUUAUUGCAAUAACGAAAACUAAAACGGAUUUUUAAGUAUAAAAAAUAAGCCUUAAAUACUGAGGACGAAUGGCGCUCAAAUACGUGGGAGCGAGGAGAAUACACAUGAUUACACCACUGAAAUUAAUUAAACUCUAUUUUUCUCUGUGGAAUUUGAAUAAAUGUAUUAUGGUGAUCUACUCGUGUAUUUUGGGGCAUCUUUAUUUUUCUGUUCUAUUGUAGACGCUGUUCAGCCUGAACAC